AUGGGUUACAGGACCGGGCCCACUCUGGCACUUUGUGGCUAUGUUGCUGGAGGAUUUAUCACACUCUGGUACUUUAUGGCAAUAUGGCUGGAGGAUUGGGCACACUCUGGUACUUUAUGGGUAUAUGGCCAGAGGAUUGGGCACACUCUGGUACUUUAUGGCUAUAUGGCUGGAGGAUUGGGCACACUCUGGUACUUUAUGGGUAUAUGGCCAGAGGAUUGGGCACACUCUGGUACUUUAUGGCUAUAUGGCUGGAGGAUUGGGCACACUCUGGCGCUUUAUGGUUAUAUUGGGCACACUCUGGUACUUUAUGGGUAUAUGACCAGAGGAUUGGGCACACUCUGGUACUUUAUGGGUAUAUGGCCAGAGGAUUGGGCACACUCUGGUACUUUAUGGCUAUAUGGCUGGAGGAUUGGGCACACUCUGGCGCUUUAUGGUUAUAUUGCCAGAGGACCGGGCACACCUACAUAUAUGGUACUUUAUGGCUAUAUGGCUGGAGGACUGGGCACACUCUGGGGCUUUAUGGUUAUAUGGCCAGAGGACUGGGCACACUCUGAUACUUUAUAG